AUGUCUGUCAGAUUACACAAACCCUCAAUUUCCUCUCUUUCCCUCGAUAAAUUCAUCAGAUCCCAGAAAAACCUCCCCAAAACCCCACCCCAACUCUUUCCUGGGGAACCCAAAUCAAAAAUUCCGCCGCCACAAUCGUCUUCUCCGGGAAUCGACGUUCAUUACCUUCUGCAGAAGCUCGACCAAUCAUGUCCCGGCAUCAAUCAUUUCCACCAAAUCCAUUCCCAGCUCCUACUUCGCGGCCUCUUCCAGCACCCUCUGGCCGCCGGACGCUGCGUGAAGAAGCUCUGCACCGAUUUGGGCUCCCUGGUCUACUCUGUCCAUCUGUUCGAUCAAAUUGACGAACCCGAUGCGUUUAUGUGCAAUGCUAUAAUGAGAGGCUUCCUGGGUUCGUGCGAUCCGCGCAGUGCGUUGGAGUUUUACUACUUGAAGAUGGUUUCAAACUCGGUUUCACCGAAUCAUUAUACAUUCCCGCUGGUUGCUAAAGUUUGUGCCGAGGUUAGGUCCGUUGUGGAUGGAAGGAAGGCGCAUGCUCGGGUGGUGAAGUUCGGGUUUGAGUCAGAUUUGUUUGUGAAGAAUGGGUUUAUACGGAUGUACUCGGUUUGUGGGAGGAUUCAGGAUGCUUGUGACCUGUUUGAUAGUGGGUUCGCGUUGGAUUCGGUGAGUUGGAACUCGAUGAUCGAUGGGUGUGUGAAGAAUGGUGAGGUUGUUCUUGCACGCCAGCUGUUCGAUGAGAUGUCUGAGAGAGAUGUCUGUAGUUGGAACUCCAUGAUUUCAGGGUAUGUGGCGGUUGGAGAUAUGGAGGCAGCCAGGGGAUUGUUUGAGAAAAUGCCGUCUAGAGAUGUUGUGUCGUGGAACUGCAUGAUAGAUGGAUAUGCAAGGGUGAAGAACAUCUCGUCUGCUCGUGCCUGUUUCGACGAGAUGCCGUGCAGAAAUGUGGUUUCAUGGAACAUCAUGUUGGCGCUCUAUCUCAGAUGCAAGGACUACGGUGAGUGUUUGAGAUUGUUUGAUAAGAUGGUUGGAGGAGAAGUUAAGCCAAAUGAGGCUUCUCUUGUGAGUGUAUUGACAGCAUCUGCUAAUUUUAGAAAGCUUGAUCGAGGAAAAUGGAUCCAUUCUUAUAUUAGAGAUAAUGACAUUGAACCUGAUGUGUUACUCUCAACUGCUCUCUUGACGUUGUAUGUAAAAUGUGGAGAAAUGGAGAUGGCUAGAGAUAUAUUUGAUCAGAUGCCUGAAAAAUCUGUUGUAUCAUGGAACUGUAUGAUCAUGGGGUAUGGUAUGCAUGGGCAUGGAGAAAUAUCCCUAGAAUUUUUCUUGGAAAUGGAGAAGGCUGGUGUUAAUCCUAAUAUUGCUACUUUUGUGAGCAUUUUAUCUGCAUGCUCUAGUUCAGGAAUGAUCUUAGAGGGUUGGUGGUACUUUCAUGUAAUGCUUCAGAAGUACAAGAUCAGACCAACAGAAAAACACUAUGGAUGCAUGGUUGAUCUCCUAGGUCGGGCUGGUUUGAUGGAUCAAUCAGAAGAACUUGUGAAGAAGAUGCAUACAGAAGUAGAACCUAACCUACCGAAAGCCACUCCUUUUGCUUGCUGUAGGCAUUUCAUGCUGCAGCUUGGAGAGAUCAUAGCUAAGCAGCAAAUCAAAUUUCAUCCAGAGGAUAUUACACCAUAUUUGUUGCUGUUGUUCAUACAUAUCGCUGACAGGAAAUGGGAUGGCAUAGAAGACGCGAGAAAUCUGAUAAAUGAGACGUUUGGUGAAUCAGCUUAUUCUAACCAAGAUCAGCUCGAAGAAAUUGGGUUGGGAUUUUCUCUGGGGAAAUCUUUACACCAUAGGAAAAACAUGGUAUAUUCAAUUUUGGAUGAGAUGGCUUCUUGUAUCAAGUUGCUUUAG